AGCGCCUGCGCGGAGGGGGAGCCGAGCCCCCAUCCCCAUGGAGAGGCCGGAGGCCGAGGUGCUCGGCGCUAGCGACAGCUGCCAGGCGGGCGAGGCUGAGCCGGGCACCGGGCCCGCGGAGGAGGAACCCGGCGGAGGAGCAGCGGGCACGAUGAUGGAAGAUUGUUUAUCAAAGAAAAUAGAGAUCACUGUCUCAGAAGCAGAAAAACGGACUGGAAGAAAUGCCAUGAACAUGCAAGAAACCUACACUGCUUACCUCAUUGAGACAAGAGCUGUUGAGUCUCAGACUGAAGGACAGUGCUCUCCACCAGACUCCCUUUGGAGGCGAUACAGUGAAUUUGAGUUGCUGAGGAAUUAUUUGUUAGUUAACUAUCCGCAUAUUGUUGUUCCACCUUUGCCAGAAAAAAGGGCUGAGUUUGUUUGGCAUAAGUUAUCAGCGGAUAACAUGGAUCCAGACUUUGUGGAAAGACGAAGGAUUGGUUUGGAAAACUUUCUAAUACGUGUGGCUUCGCAUCCCAUCAUUUGUCAGGACAAAAUUUUUUAUUCCUUUUUAACACAGGAAGGUGGAUGGAAAGAAAUGGUGAACGAGACCGGGUUUCAGUUAAAGGCAGACUCCAGGUUAAAAGCUCUUAAUGCAACAUUCAGAGUGAAAAACCCAGACAAGAGAUUUACUGAGCUAAAACACUACAGCGAUGAACUGCAGUCUGUCAUAUCACACCUUCUGCGAGUCAGAGCUAGAGUGGCAGACCGUCUCUAUGGUGUAUACAAAGUGCAUGGGAAUUAUGGGAGAGUGUUCAGUGAAUGGAGUGCAAUAGAAAAGGAGAUGGGGGAUGGGCUGCAGAGUGCUGGCCAUCACAUGGAUGUGUAUGCAGCUUCUAUUGACGACAUAUUGGAAGAGGAAGAGCAUUAUGCAGAUCAGCUAAAAGAAUAUCUUUUCUACGCAGAAGCUCUGCGGGCCGUUUGCAGGAAACAUGAACUAAUGCAGUAUGACCUGGAAAUGGCUGCUCAGGACUUGGCAUCUAAGAAACAACAGUGUGAAGAACUGGCAACAGGAACUCUGAGAACGUUUUCUCUAAAGGGAAUGACGAGCAAACUGUUUGGUCAGGAAACUCCUGAGCAAAGAGAAGGCAAGAUAAAGGUUCUAGAAGAACAGAUACAUGAAGGGGAAGAACAACUGAAAUCUAAAAAUGUGGAGGGCAGAGAGUUUGUGAAAAGUGCCUGGACAGAUAUUGAACGCUUCAAAGAGCAAAAGAAUCAAGACUUGAAAGAGGCCCUCAUAAAUUAUGCUGUGAUGCAGAUUAGUAUGUGCAAAAAGGGAAUUCAAGUUUGGACAAACGCAAAAGAGUGCUUCAGCAAGAUGUGAUUAUCCAGAAACUAAUUUCUCCUCAACAAAGUGCCAGAGAACAGAAGCACAAGUGCACAAUCACGGAUACUAAGUUGCUACAUGAUCUACAUAUAAAUCAUGAAAUAAAUGAGUUGAGUAAAUACAGUUUUCUUUAUGCUGAUUGUAGUUGUGUUAAUAGAGGACAAAAAAGAAAUGUCCUUAAAUUGUUAGUCCCUAACAGUCACUUUUGUGGCAUAUUUUACAUGUAGCAAAUAAUUGAGGGCAAAGGGGUUAAUGAAAGCUGCAGCUGUACAUUGAGGCAAAGACUUUAGGGAAAGUCCAGACUAACCCAAAAAAGUAUAGUGUCAUACACAACUGAACUGUUCUCUGUGUGUAUCUUCUGAACCAUCACAGUCCGCAUUAGAUCAUCUCCCGAUGCCCGCUUUCAGCCCUUGCUGGUUAGGAUUUGUAAUACUCUAGGGUCGGGGUUUUUUUGUUUGUUUGCUUUUUAAUGGCGCACACACAGUUGUGUUCUUGAGGUUUACACCAUAAGAAAACAAAAACUGAAAUUCACUGUACUGCUUAGGGGUUCAUAGUUACAUGCCUGUGCAUCUCCAUGGAGAAAUUUGUUUUUUUCCAAAAUUCAGGUUAAACAGUCUCAAAUUUCUGAGAUUUUUUUCAUACCCUCUACAGUAGAGGAAUUGAACUACAGGUCUAUACCAUACUCCUGAGUUACUGUUUCCCAUUAGAAUGUUAAUACUGACAUUGAUCUGUCAUCUAAUUUUCUACUACUAGUAAAGGAGAGUAAUGACCCAACUGAGCAACAGGGCCAAACUCAGACCUGGUGUAAUCCAGUGCAACUUCAACUCACUUUAUGGAAACUGCUUACCCCAGGUGUAAAUGUGGGCCUGUUUUCAAAACUGCAGUUAUUGUUUAGCUCUGUAGAAAUAGUCACCUUUAAAAUAAAUCUGUGGAACAUCAAAAUAGCUGGUUUUCUUUUGAAUAUUUAAGAUUUGUGGUGGUCUGCUGGCUUGGCUUGGCUCUUGAAACGCCAUGUUUCAAUAUUGCAGAUACAUACCUGUGAACUGAUUUUACAGAUACCUACAUUAAUGUGGUUCUUUACUGUUUUGGCUGUAACAUUUUAAAUUGCAGAUGAAUAAAUUUUAAUCUGUUAGACUGAGCUAUUUGUCUUUAUGAUACGGUACAUUCAAGAGCCAAGCAUUUUUAUUUCUUGCUAGCUUUGCAGAAUCUGAAAUAUGAGAUGCUGUUUCUAAUUAUACCAAAAAAAACCAAAGCAAAGAAAACUCCAUUACUACUGUUUCAUGGGGCUUUUCUACAUGUUUUAAAUGUCCCUGGAAUUUUGUGGAAUUUGCCAGACCUAAUGAGUAAUCCAAAAGAAGAUUUGCUGUAAUAUUCACUUGAGUCACGUAUGUUUAAUUAUUAUAUACUACAAAUAACACUAAUUAUCAGAUUCUGAUUUAAUGUAUGCAAAAGUCUUUAAAAUUUGCUAUACAGUAGAUCUUCUAUAAUGUAUCCAUUCAUUUUUCAAAUACCAGAUCCUGUGUUUUGCUGUGGCAUUAUAUGUGAAAUCAUUAAGAGCUGGUGUAGGCUAAGAUCUGAAUUAUUUAAAAGGUUAAACAUCAGUUUAUACUUUUAGCUCCUCUACCUUUUCAAGGCACAUGAUAAUGACAAAUCUAGGUCAUCCUCUGAAGUGAUGUUGAGCAGAAAGAGUCUCUCCUUUUAAUACUUACAGAAAUACAAAAUCAUUCCAUUUUAAAGAACUGUAGUAUUCAGGUCCUAUAACAAGUACAGUAAGGACUUGUACAUUCCAGAAACCAGGAUUUGCUCAUCUAGAGUAUCCAGUAAACAUUCUAGAGUAGUGGUGCCUUAAUCCAAUACCAGGAGGCACUUGGAGUAAAUAUUUUUCAUGCACUUUGAUUUUGUUUGAUAGAUCUUUCUGGUGCCUCUUUUCCCCCAUAUUUCACAUGCUGUACAACUUACUAAAUGUAUUAUAUGCCUUUUUUUCUUGCUAGUUGUAUUAAAUUUGAGAAGGGAACAAAACCGUUCUUGUAAGCUUUGUGCCAAAUAUGCUAAAUAAAACUGCUCUUUGAUA